AUGCUCAAUCCUUCCAUCAUCAGUCAAUCAUCUCAUGAACCCUCAUUAUAUCAACAAGCAGUCAAUGUGCCAACUUUCCCCUUGGAUGAUUUGGAAAUGAUAAAGGUAUUAGGAAGGGGAUGUAUGGGCAAAGUCAUGCUUGUGAGAUCAAAAAAGACAAUGGAAUUGUACGCAUUGAAAUCAAUCGUUAAACAGCAUGUGAUCGAGCAACGAGAGAUUACACAUACAAUUGAUGAACGAAAUAUCCUGGUAGCAUUAUCUGAAAUCAAUCAUCCUUACCUUGCAAAACUACAUACUGCAUUUCAAGAUGAGCAUCGAUUAUAUCUUUUGACCAAUUAUUACUCUGGUGGUGAUUUAGCCACACAUAUGGCCAGAUUGUACACCUUUCCUAAAGAAUCAGCCCUCUUUUAUGCUGCAGAAAUCAUAGACGGAAUAGGUGAACUUCAUCGACUAGGCAUACUCUACCGAGAUCUCAAGCCAGAGAAUAUCCUUUUCACAGGGGAUGGACAUAUCAUCUUGACCGACUUCGGUCUUAGCAAAUGGUUAGAUAAAGAUGACCCUCAGACUCACACAUUCUGUGGCACUGCUGAAUACUUGGCACCUGAAGUCUUGCUUGGCGAGCCUUACUCUUUUGGUAUUGAUUACUGGAGCUUUGGUACCAUCCUGUAUGAAAUGCUCGCAGGUGUAACGCCUUUCUGGGCAGACAAUCACGCGGAUAUGUAUCGACGCGUGCUCGAGGACCCUUUGGAGUUUCCUUCAGAUAUAUUCGAUUAUGAAACAGCCGAAUUUAUCUCUGAUCUCCUUGACCGUGACCCAUACACGAGACUAGGUGCACAAGGUGUUGACGAAAUCAAAGAUCAUGUUUAUUUCGCGGACAUUUCUUGGGAUGACAUCAAACAACGAAAGCUACAGCCACCUCUAGCACUCAUUUCUCCAGUCAAAGAAGAGGAGCUGGAUUUUACCAAUUUUGAUCCUGAUUUCUUGGCCAUGCCUCCUUCUCUGACUCCUGUUCCCUCAGAGAUGGACUUGACAGAGGAAAUUCAGGAUAUUUUUGACGAUUAUUCGUUCAUAGACAAUGACUAUGAACAAGCACAUCAAACUGUUGUGGUGCAUAAUAUACCAGCACGUAAGCGUGGAAGUAUCAGCAUGCUUUCUGACAGCCUUUGCUUAAAUGAAAGCAAAAAGGAUGAAGAAGCGAGAUACGCUAAAAGACGAAAUACAAAUACGUUUGAAGAUCAUCAAAUGACCACGCUGGACGUGGACAAAGAGGUGCCGAUCAUACCAAAAACAAUUGACUCUUCCGCAUUCGAAUUUUCCAAUUUACCAGACCUUAGACUAUCCUUUGACUUGAAACAGCAUAAUACAAGUACAACAACUACAGCUAAUAAUUCAACAAAAAGUAGAAAAAGCAAAGCUAAAAAAUUUUUUUCUCUCCUUCUUUAA